GACAAACAUCAGCAUUCAACGUGAUUUUUGGUGAUGGACAACCUACAGCCAAUGUUACCAAUUACUUACCACAGUGCAUUGUGAAGUGUGGAUCAGGACCAUGGAUUCGACUAGAGAAGACUGAUGGUAGUCUAGUGUGGGCUGAGACAGGUGCCUUCUCAGGAGUUACUACUAGGGUACCAGUGAACACCACAGCACAUCCGAUACUGGACACUUCAUACACUGGACUGUACCAUUGCAGAACAGUGGAUCACAACUCAACUCAAACAUAUCAACUCAACAUUGUAGCAAAGCAAAGUCGUACUUCUGUCACUCCUACAACAAUGGUUUUCAACUACACUGAUCAGAGAUAUGAUAUACCAUGUAAUACUGUGGGUUCAUCAGGUAUGAACGUCACUUGGACAUCCACUUUAGAUCUUAAAACAAAGAUGGUGAACACAAUGAUUGGAACAUCUCAAAAUGGACUGUUGGAAUAUGUGAACUCUACUUUCAGUUUUAUGGGAAAUGAUUCCAGCAUAAUGCUUACCAGAGAUAACCCAGCUGGUGUGAUGUUCAAUGUGACAUGCACUACAACAUACAAGACCAGUUUUAAUUGUAGAUUUGUAGAGAAUGUGCCAACUUAUUCUCAGCCAUCCCAGGAUGUACUGGACCGAUGUGAUAGAGCAGUCAAGUCUUUGUCAACAACGUACUCCAUCAUCAUUCAAGGUUGCAUGUUGGAAUGCAAUGACACUAACGUGGUGGAUUGUAAUCAUGUACCAGCAGUGGGAAUGGCAAUGGCAACUGUCAACUUUGUUUGUGGACAAAACUUCCAAUGGACCAUGGGUGAAUGUCAACCAACACAUUGUCCGGAUUUAAGCUCGGCAACAUUGGUGACUAUACCCAGGAGUGCUGUUGGUACCAACAGGAGUGCUGUUGGCACCAACAGGAGUGUAUCAUGUAAGACUGGUUACGAUAAUAUCUCCAUGCCGUCUUCAGUGAAUUGUCAAGUUAAUGGAACAUGGACUACACUCCCAACUUGCCAAGAAUCUCCAUCUGCUACCCCGGAGGGAGGAGGAGGCAUAGGAACUGGAGCUAUUGUUGGCAUUGCUGUUGGAGGAGCUGUACUUGCUGUACUUGCUUGCAAGAAGCAACCGAGCUCUGCCAGGACCUGUGAUUCGCGUCGUGCUGGUGUGAUCACAGAACACAUCCUCGACUGGGUUGUUGGUUCACUGCGACCACUAUCUGUCGUAGCCGACGGUGAGUUUGUCAAACUCCUGAAGUUGCUGGAGCCCGAAUACAAGAUGCCGUUGCGGACGCAUCUCGCCAAGCUACUCGCCAAGCGGAAUUCGCUGCGCAAGUCCGAGUUGAAGGCGUUGAUUCGGUCCGACGGCAUGGCGGGCGUUUCUUUGACAACUGAUCAGUGA